AUGGUUGAAAUGAAUUUCCCAGCUCAAUUCAUCAAUUGGAUCAUGAUAGCUGUUAGGACUGUUUCCUAUAGAUAUAUGAUCAAUGGCCACAUGAGCAGAAUCCUUCAAGCCAAAAGAGGUUUAAGGCAGGGUGAUCCCAUAUCACCCCUGCUGUUUGUCCUAACUAUGGAAUAUUUACAUAGGACCCUUGGAGAGUUGAAAACUGAUAAGGAUUAUCAAUUUCACCCUAAAUGUGCUAAGUUAGGCAUAACAAAUCUCUACUUUGCUGAUGAUUUGUUAUUGUUUUCCAGAGGAGAUGAGAAAUCUGUGCAAGCCCUUAUGAAAAGAUUUGACCAGUUUGCUGAUUCUACUGGUUUGAAGGCAAAUCCAGCUAAGUGUAAAAUCUAUUUUGGUGGUAUUUCUGAUCAGAUUCAGCACCAAAUAGCAUAUGGCAUUGGGCAACUUCCCUUCAAAUACUUAGGUGUUCCUCUUGCGUCUAGGAAAAUCACCAUCAACCAAUGUCAGCCUCUAAUCAAUAGGAUGUUGGAGAAGAUUCAUCAUUGGUCUUCAAAUAUGUUGAGCUAUGCUGGAAGACAACAAUUGAUUAAAAGCACUAUGAUGACAAUAACUGGAUACUGGAUGCAGGUUUUUCCCCUUCAUAAGAGUGUGAUCAAAAGAAUUGAUAUAAUCUGUAAAAACUUUUUGUGGUUUGGCAAAGCUACUGGCAGGAAAGCUUUAGUGUCUUAA